AUGUGGACAACAGAUAAGUUGAAGGAAAGACAAUCUUUUGAGAUUGAAGCUUGUGGAUUUGGGGUUGGAAAUCUAAUUGAACAAAGUUCAAAUUUAGAACGUGAUAAGAAUGAGAACCAGGACAUACGUAUUGAGGAGUAUGAAGUAAAGUAUGAAACAGUUUUCAAUAAUGUCUCAACUAAAAAGGAUAAUAUGGAAGAUAUUAUUUUGCAUUGUCUAUCGAAAUUCUAUGAAGAUAAUAGAAUGAAGGAGAUGAUAAGGAAGUUUAGAGACAUAUUUUCAACUACACUUUUUUCUAGUCGAGAAAAGGGUAAUAAAUAG